AUGUCGAAACGCAAGAUCAUGAAACUUGUUACUGAAGGCUAUGUCAAAGGAUGGGAUGACCCACGAUUAUACACUCUUCCUGCUUUGCGUAGACGUGGAGUACCUCCAGAAGCCAUUAAUGGUUUUGUUCAAGAUCUUGGAGUUACCACUUCUAAUUCCACAAUUCAGGUGUCUCGGUUUGAGAAAUAUGUUAGAGAUUACUUAGAUGCACACGUACCAAGAUUAAUGAUCGUUGUAGAUCCAUUAAAGAUAAUCAUUGAAAAUUUACCCGAUGAUUAUACUGAGGAAUUGACUGUUCCUUUCAAACCGAGAGAUCCUUCCAUGGGAGAA